AUGAAUCUUCAAUUGUCCAAUUUUAUAGGAUGCUUUCCUGUAUCAACGGCUAUUGGUGAUAUAGCUAGUGGCAAAUCGACGGCGCUGCACGUUAUCAGCAAAAUGAUGGGUAUGCACAUGGUCUCGCAGUCCUCGGGAGAAUUUGUUGCCUCCGAUCUUUCCAAGAGAACCAUUCCAUUGAGCUGGGACGAUCCCACGCAUCCAAGCCUCUUGCGUCAACCAUUUGUCUCUGCCUUCAAUGGGCUCGGGAGUCAGACAAAAUUACGAGGAAAUGAAAUACCACUCACUUCGUUCCUAUUGACAAUCAAUUUCAAGAUGGAUGACGACAUGAGGUAAAAUAAUAUAUGACAUGUUGCUAUAAAGAACUGAUAGACAGAAAAUUUCAUUAGAAAACUCUUACAAUUGAGCGACCCCAGUUAGCUGUAAAUAGCUAAAUACUUUGGACACUAAAACAAAGUUAUUCAUCCAUCCAUUCAUUCGUUUAUCCAUCCAUUCAUUCAUACCAAACAACGUUUCUUAGCAAACACAUGCCAGUUUGAACAAUUGGUGUCCAUAAUUGUUAUAUCAACAAUCUAAAUUUACUCAACCAUAUUCAUAGAUCCUUUGAGCGGACGACUCCAAUAUGGUUUAACAAGUUGGUACCAGCGGACUCCAAUAUGGUUUAACAAGUUGGACGGUCAACGUGUGAUGUUUGAGAUGGCCACAACAAACUGUGUUUUAGACAUAAUACGCUUUUCUGUAAGCAUAAAUGACGCGAGCCUUUCGGAGCACACAAACUUCUUCAAACGCAAGCUUGCAGGUCUUUCGCCUCGUCUUCCUGAUAUUUACUCUAUCUACAGGCUCUUUGCCUUUGAGGUACGCAACAAUGGCUGUUAUUAAUUAAAUUAAUACUGUUUGUUAAUAUAUCCGAGGUUUUCUCCUUAUAUGUCUUCUCCUAAUAAAAUUAUAGGUUAAUAAAAAUGUUAUUUUUUAAAUUUGAACAGCCGAUUCACACGUAGCCUGAAUUUCAGACGUCCAUUGUUAAUAUGUCCAAUCCACAUGUUGCUGCCUCUAAACUUUCAGGAAAUCGAUUUUUUAAGGAUUGUUUCUAACUUUUUUUUUUUAUUGUUAACUUCCACAACGUUUACGUACCCUGACACCUGUGGUAGAUUAUAUAUGCUCACCUCUGCACAGGAUAGUGAUCCAAAUCUUGUGAGAUGAGAUCAUGAGAGGGCAUAACAUUUAAUUCUAAAACGACCGAGGAACAUAACCAGAGAUCUUUUAUACAAAUAUGACGUAUUUAUGGGCUGCCGUGAGAGGGCCACGAGUUUCAUGAGCCUUCCAAAUGUAGCCUAAUUGUCUAAAAACCUUCGCUUAUAGAUUGUGAAACUUGUGGACGACAGCAGCAUCGUCAGUACAAUGGAAGUUGACAACUACCUCAACACAGAUUUUCUGCCCUUCAUACGGUCAAUGUAUGCUGAGAGUGCCAAAGCGCUCACCUCAUUUGAAGAAUUCUUCAAUUUGCUUCUUCAAGCAAUUAUAAAAUGUGGCUAUAAAAAGGACAAGGUACAUACAAUUUUAAUUUAUUUUGGUAAUGUAGAAAUAAAAACGAGAAAAUAUUGUUUCGUUACCUUUCGUACCCAGAGCCAAAGAAUAAUUAUCGGGAGAUGUUGACCAAUCACGAACGAGAAUAUGGUUUAAAUAUUAUAAUAAUUAACAAUUAUUGGAAUUAUCAAGGUAGAGGUAAGCAGCCUAGCCGAAGCUGAUAACGCUCAACGAGACCGUGAUAAUUUUGCAUAUCAUGACAAAAACCGAAUUCAAUUAUUGUUCUGGUAUUAUACAUUUGUUUGUGUUAAAUAGAUACCGCUUUCUAAUCAUCGCAGGCUCAUUUGCAGCUAACUCAGUUAUCUGCAGAUAAAUUAAUUUUCUGUAGGUUGCGUGAUUUAACUGCAAGCUCUUAGCCAAUCAAAUUGCUUUUACCAACUACAAUGUAUAAUAAUAACAUUUAUAUGCUCUUUGCCUUUAGUUGUCAAAGUGGAUUAAACCUGUGGUGCAUGGCAGGAAGGAGAAAAUAGACUACCUCAUGUUGAUCAUCCAAAACACUACCUCCACCAUAGAGAACGCAGGCUUUCAAAGAAUUAGCGAUAAGAACAUUCGCGAUUUGGCAAAGGGGAUGCAACAUGCAAAUGUAAACCACAAGGCCAGUUUUGCUGGUAUGACCGGAAAGGUGUCCUGUGUGAAGGUUGCUAGGCACAUUCUUCCAUUCUUCUUGACGAACUUGAUGAAAGUAAGUUUUGAUAAAGACCUUCAUACCCAUUUUAUUUGUUCAUUGAGUUUUUCAUGACAAAAAAUUACCUUGCUAGGUAUCACUUUUUUAGACACAUUUCAAUGGUUAACCCUAGCUCAUAACACAUGGAAACGUUCUUAUAUUGGCGUACAAUCGGACAAAUUAUUGGACACUUGAAUACAUAUGUACAAAAUAAUGUCUCAACGACGAGAAAUGUGAAAAUUGUUUUCACAAAUUAAAACAUCUCAUAGUACUGCUUACUAAAUUGAUUUUUAAUCUUUUCUUUUCACUAUAGCCUAUAUAUUAGGGUAAACGUUUAAGAACUCAAUGUCAUAUUUACUGCACAUCUUUUCUAGUAUUUGGAUUGGUUGAUAAAGAUGAUACGGAAGACGUCGAUGAUGAUGAUGAACGAGUAAGCCUUGACCAAACACAUGAAUGUUUGAGGUGUGCUGAUCUCCAAGAAGAAAUCAGAAUUACGGAUGAAAAAGUAGAGGCCAAGGCAAAAGAAACUGAAGAUGUCCAUGAGCAACAAAUUUUGGAAAUCAAAAGGAGACACGAAGAAGAGCUUGAAAGUUUUUAA